ACUGAGGUCCCUGGGCCUUUAUGCUGCAAAGGGUGGCUUGACGGUCUGGCCAGGACUGACCAACAGAUACAGGUUUGGGGAAGAGUUUGAGCAGCAACAACUGAGGAUCGAGGACUUCAGCCAACCUAUAGCUUGUAGCCUGGGACACUGGAGAGAGGUCUAGUGGUCAGUGCAGAGGGCACCAUGGGAGCCAGCCAGGACCAGGCCAGGCAGGUUCAUAGAGGAGGGGGGAGACUGAGCAGGACACAUUCACACAUGAGUGCACGCCGACAUCCCAGCACACUUUCCACCCCGUCACUUUGGGAUGGCUCCAAGGAAGGAAAAGCCAUGAAGGCCAGCUGUUCUCUUGGAAAUCUACUGAUGCUGUAGGAGCAGAAAGCCAAGAGAGCAUUUCAAUGGAAGGAACAAGCCAGAGCCCAGGGGUAGGGGUAGGAAAUGUGGUGAUAUGGAAGGUGUGGGAGGUGAGGUUUUAAAGGGUUGGGAGUUCAUCUCAGUCUGUCCUGCACUGUGGGCUGGCUCUGUGACGCCGGACCCUGCUCUCCUCCCUCAGUUUCCUACCUGAGAAAUGGGCGGGGAGACGAGGAGCAUUCUUAGAGCAGAGGUAGACUUUGACCUUGGGGAGGGGCCCCAGGCUCCUCCUGCUGGUGACCUGUGGCCUCCCACUGGAUGUUGGGACUUGGGAAGGUGUGUCUGGGUCAGCCCAGGGCCAGACUGUUUGGGGAAGAGUGGGAGGUACAGUCAUUGCUCUUCCUGAGAAGUCAGGCUCAGACUGGCCUUGGGGACUGCUUCCUCGAAAUGGCCCUGGCAUCCUGCCCUGCCCUACCCCCUACCCCCUACCCCCAGCUUUUGACUAGCAUCCCAGGAGGGGUAAGGAGGAGAAUGGCAGGCAGAGGAGGUGCUGGGUGUCUGUGGGUGCUAGAGUAUGUAGCCUUUGCAGUGAAUGCUGGGGGUUGGAUAGGGUGUGGGUGGGUGGUGACAAGGUCUCUGAGGUCGAGGUGACCCCAGGAUGGCCUUGGCAACGGCUCGGAGACAGACCGGAAGAUUGGCUGUGCCAGGAACCAGUGAGUGGCUUUGGAGAAGUAGGAAGCAGUUUGCAUGACCAACUGCCCAACGCUCAUUGUCAUGGUAGGCCUGCCCGCCAGGGGCAAGACCUACAUCUCCAAGAAGCUGACUCGCUACCUGAACUGGAUUGGCGUGCCAACACGCGAAUUCAACGUUGGCCAGUACCGCCGGGACAUGGUCAAGACAUACAAGUCUUUUGAGUUUUUCCUUCCAGACAACGAAGAGGGCCUGAAAAUCAGGAAGCAGUGUGCCCUGGCGGCCCUCCGUGAUGUCCGGCGGUUCCUUAGUGAGGAGGGGGGACAUGUGGCGGUUUUUGAUGCAACAAAUACCACCCGAGAACGGAGAGCGACCAUCUUUAAUUUUGGGGAACAGAAUGGCUACAAGACCUUUUUUGUGGAGUCCAUCUGUGUGGAUCCUGAGGUCAUAGCCGCUAACAUCGUGCAAGUGAAACUCGGCAGCCCCGAUUAUGUGAACCAUGAUAGUGAUAAGGCCACGGAGGAUUUCAUGAGGCGCAUUGAAUGCUAUGAGAAUUCAUAUGAGUCAUUGGAUGAGGACCUGGACAGGGAUCUGUCCUACAUCAAGAUCAUGGACGUGGGACAGAGCUACGUGGUGAACCGUGUGGCUGACCACAUCCAGAGCCGUAUUGUAUAUUACCUCAUGAACAUCCAUGUGACCCCCCGCUCCAUCUACCUCUGCCGACAUGGGGAGAGUGAGCUCAACCUCAAGGGUCGGAUUGGCGGGGACCCAGGACUGUCCCCUCGGGGCAGGGAGUUUGCCAAGAGUCUGGCCCAGUUCAUCAGUGAUCAGAACAUCAAGGACUUGAAGGUCUGGACGAGCCAGAUGAAGAGGACAAUCCAGACAGCUGAGGCCCUGGGUGUGCCUUAUGAACAGUGGAAGGUCCUCAACGAGAUUGAUGCGGGCGUCUGUGAGGAAAUGACUUACGAGGAAAUUCAGGAUCAUUAUCCACUGGAGUUUGCCCUGCGGGACCAGGACAAGUACCGGUACCGGUACCCCAAGGGGGAGUCUUACGAGGACCUGGUCCAGCGGCUCGAGCCUGUCAUCAUGGAGCUGGAGAGGCAAGAGAAUGUGCUGGUCAUCUGCCACCAGGCUGUGAUGCGCUGCCUCCUGGCCUACUUCCUGGAUAAGGCCGCAGAACAGCUGCCCUACCUCAAGUGUCCACUGCACACCGUCCUGAAGCUGACCCCUGUGGCGUACGGUUGUAAAGUGGAGUCGAUAUUCCUGAACGUGAUGGCUGUGAAUACGCACCGGGACAGGCCUCAGGUAGCAACGGGGUCACUGCUGUGGGGGCGAGCACAUUCCUGGGGGUAUCCAGGCACAGCAUCUUUAAGGCCCAGAGCCAACUGGGGUGCCUGCCAGAGUGAGCUGGAGUUCUCUGCCAAAGCUGCUGUCUUAUCACCAGGGCGAGGUCAUGGCUCUGGGCUAGGCCUUCCCGAGGAUGCUGGCCUGGGGGUGGAGAAAUCCCUGGAGCUGGGUCCCCAGGCUAGGCAGUGCCUGAGUCUGGGUGUGGUGGCUUCUUCCCAGCAGCCCUACCAUAGCGGUCUGAGCCAGGGGGUGGGGGAUCCCAGCUGGGAAAGAAGCAAGAGGCCCUACUAGGGGGCAUGUGGGGAUCCUUCCAUGUUCCCCUACAAGCUCAGGCCUCAUGAGCAUCUUUUCCAACUUGAGCACACCUUUAACAAUUAAAGUGGUAUUGUGCUUUGUUGCAGAAAGGGCCGUGCAGGUACUGAGAGGGUGUUGGCACUGGACAGAGACUGUCAUGCAGAAGAGCAGUUCACUAUCCUGUGUUCCCCCAGUGCCUUGUUUAAGAUAGAAGCUCCUCAAAGUUUUGCCCAGAACCACUUUCUAUGUCCACGUGAGGUCUCUCUUUCACUGAGGCCAAGGGCCGGAGUUGCCCUUCUGGACCUCAUUCACAAGGUCUACUGCAGCAAGAAGGCCUCUGGGGCCUCUGUUGUGCCUACUGCCACCUACAGUGGAGCAUGGGGGGCUCUGGGUCCCUAUCAAAGGUGCAAGCCUUGGGCUGCUCACCUGCCACCCCUUGACCUUGAACCCCACUGGCAGAGAUAUGUGCAUGUUCUUAAGACUGCUGCCCAUCACUGGGACCAUCUACCGUGUAGGCCACUUCUCUAUUUGUCCUGAGAGUCUGCCCCAGGCCUAGCCUGGCACCCACAGGUCACAGGAGAAGGCAUGUCCUAACAGGCACCCUUUGUGCGGAAGAAAGCCCAGAAGGCACUGGGCCCCAGUACUGACUGACAGGGUGAUGGUUGGUGAUGGUAAGAGAAGCCCCUGGAGCCAGCAGUCAUUGGGGGCUGAUGCCCGCAUCAACGGGACAGGAGCCGGCAUGACCAUGGGGUAGGUGGCAGCCACCUUGCCCACCUCUGCGUGGUGGCUUCUGAGAGACAAACUUCUGCUGGCCAUAGGUUCCUGGCUGGUUUCCUUUCAGGUGGCGGGAUCCCUGGGUCCUAGCCCAUUCUUGGGAAUGUGAUGGGAAAGGGGGCCCUCGGGAAGCCUGCCCCACCCACCAUGAGAAUUGCACCUGCCCCUCCAAUUCUAGUGGCUGGUUCAGGGCACGCACAGGUGUGCCCGUGGGGGCAGUGUCUUCCUCCCUGCAGAUCCGGGCACAUCACAUCACAUGGGGCUGUGGCCCAACGUGACCUGCUUCAGCAGGUGAUGGUUGCAAGGGCCCCCAAUCAAGAAGAUGGGCCACCAGGAUUUGGGGGUCCCGUAGGACCAUCUCAGGGAGCUGAGGAAGGUGUCAGGCUCUCAAUCCCUUAGGCCACAGCUCAGCAAGCUGUGGAAGGAAGUGGACUUUGUGGUUUGACAGGGCCCAUCUGUAGCCGAGGGCUUCAGGAGGUCCAGAGUGCCCCACCCCAGGUCUGAGAGGACAAAGCACGCCACAGACUACGAGAUGUCCACAAGCUGCUGGGGCUACAUCUGACACCUGUCCACCGACACUUCGAGGCAGGAGGAGGUCGCCCCCAGGAGCCGGUUCCCUUCCCUGCCCCCCACUGGCGAGGAUGCAAGCCAGCUGUUUCCUCCUGGUUGACUCAGGCCUGGGGCAGGAGGUGGAGAUAGCCUUACUUUGGGUGAUGCCCAGCCUGUGUGCAAGGAGCAAGCAGGAACUGGGGGCAUCUUCCACCCCUGCCUUUGAACCCUUGUGUUCGUCCGCCCACCAUAUGUUGAGAGGCUUUUGGGCCCUUGCUCUUAGGGAAAUUUGGGGAACGGAGUCCUGCAGCCAGGACUCCUGGGGGGUGAGUAUGUGAACCCAGAGGUGCACAGUGAUGAGGAAAGUAGGCAGCAGGACAGUGGGUGUCUGUCUAUUCUCACCACAGCGUGAAUCUUCUGUGUUGUUUGUUUUGCAGAAUGUAGAUAUCUCGAGGCCUCCAGAGGAAGCCCUCGUCACGGUCCCUGCUCACCAGUGACCAUGUCUCAUCCACUGCGACCCCCAGGCAGGUACUGAUCUCUGCAGAUGAGAUCAUUACAGGCCCCUGCUCCAUGUGACAGUUUCUAUGCUGGAUCAUCCUCAACGCCACACCUGGUUGGUGGCACCCAGAGCCCCCGCACCAGCCCACCUGCUUCCUUGUUAAUGGUGACAGGGUUAUACGUGGUGCCUGACCUGCUGCUAAGAAUCAUUUGGCCAGACUGCGUCUGCCCUGGGCUGGUGAGAGGUUUCCUAGCAACCCGGUCCUUCUGUUGCAGCUGUGAGGUGUCCUCUCACCGGUCGGUUGGCUUUGUGAAGUGUAAAACCCUAAACAUGUGAACAGAAAGCACUUGCUGUGAUGAUCCCACCACGGCCGAGCUGUCUGAGGUGGACCGGGGGGGCCCCCUGCAGGGGCUCCGCCGUCUCCUCUGUGGCCACUUCCUGAGCCUGAGGCAAGGUCUUCAUGGCAGCCUGAGCUCCACUGCCUUGGGUGAGAAAGAGCCCUUCCCAUCCUGCCCUGCCAGGACCCGUAGAGCCACCAAGGCAGGUACCUCCACUGGCCAGGCCACUUGUAUGAGCAGUGUGCUCACUUCACCACGACAUGAUGUACAGAACACGCAGGGAACACAGCCUUUGUGGUCACCGCUUCUCAAUUGCGCACACACUGGAACAUUGGCGAGAGCUGAUGGCCAAGGCCACCCCUGCCCACCUGCUGCACAGUGAAAGCACGUAAAGACAGGGUGGUUGUGUGAGUUCUUCCCAGUGUACACCCAGGUGCUUGAGGGAGGGGCUGCUGUCCCCCUCCCCUCCUGGCCCUGCCUGCUAGGCUACCUCUUGCCUGUUGCCGCCUGUGUCCACACGGGAGUGUACCCCGGUGGCCGAGACAUGCAUUUGCUGUGAACGAUUCAGAGAAAAAAAAGCCUGUCCUGGCAUUCAUUGACCUCUGCCCGUGGGACUGAGCCGGGGAAAGGGCGGACUCCUGAGGCACCCUGUCCAGGGGAGGAUUUGCUCAGCCAUAUCGUAGCUUUUGAUUCACAUGUAUGGGAGCAUGGCAGAAAACGACCUCAGAAGGCUACCAUCUGUCACGCCCCUGAGUUCUUUUGAGCCCAGAGAGGCAGGCUGGGCAGUGGGUUUGGGCUCCAUUUUAUAGCUGAGCAGGAGACCUGUCCAGCAAGUCGCAAGGCUGGGUGAGGAGGUGUCUGGACCUAUAGUCGGACGCCCCACCGUCCACAGGACCCAGGAUCCCGAGCCCACCUUGUACCCGGAACCUUCCUUGGCAGAACAACCCACCUUUCCCAGCCUUCCGGGGCUUUGCAGCCUGCAGGUGCCACCUGUCCCUGAGGGAAGUUCAUGUCCCUGCCCCAGCUGGUGGUCUGUCAGCCUUGGGUGCUGCAGUGGCUGUGGACAGACACGGUGGAGGGCUGGGGCAAGAUCUUCUGGACUUACCUCCUGCCAGAGCCCCAAGCCCUAGACUCAGGACCAGGGGACCAUGCCACUGCCUUUGGGACAUGAGGACCACAGCCUUUGUUUCUGUGUCCCCAGAGUCUUGGGUGACUCGGUCACUUGGACACACUCCCUUUUUGGCCAUAAUGGGUCUCUUUUGUUGGUGGCACCUACGUCUGGAUGUCCCCACUUCGCCAGGACCUCGAACUGGCUGAGGCAUGACCAGCGAGGCCUUUUCUCUAUGCCCAAAGGGCAGUCAGGAGCUGCCAGGCCCAAAGUGUCACAGGGCCUGGGAUAAGGCAGAAGGAAGCCUGGGGGCAUGGUGUGGGUUGGGGCCUUUCCUCUCUGCCUCUGCCCUGGAGUGGUCUCUGCAUGGUCAGCAACCCACUGGGUUGGCCACUGGUUCUAUCCAUGAUGGUGGAUGUGCUUGUGUUGAAGACACUUUCCCGUUCUUUUCAGAAUGGAGGUUGUUGGAUCUCAGCCACACAUUACACUGUGUCUAGCAUUCUUUGCAAUAAAUACUUUUUCUAAAAAAAUUGGGCACCUGACUGGCUCAGUUGGUAGAGUGUGCAGCUGUAUCUCGGGGCCGUGAGUUCGAGCCCCAUGUUGGGCCUAGAGCUUACUUUAAAAAAAAAUAAAAUAUAUAAGAAUCUAA